CAUCUCCACCGAAGUAUAAAGUGCAGCAUCAUGCGGCUACUGCUGUGGGCUCUUGCGGCGUUGGUGGCGACUUUAGCAGCCAUCCCUUCCCAUGACGUCCUUCCUCCUGACCAAGACAACGACGACGCCGACCCGAACCAGAUCACACCGGACGAAAAGGCAGCCGAAGAUGAGAAAGCCGAAAACGACGCGAUGGCCAUGAAGCAUUCCCAUUAACGUUAGCAGCAUUCAACUGUCAAUGUAUAUACGCCUUGUGUCGAUGGAGAUUCGUGCUAUGCACUCCUAACCACGAAUUUUGAACCGGGUAACAGUCGCAACAACUCUGUUCUGCCCUCCAUAGCCAAAGAGCGCCGCAUAAGUUGAAUUGCUUGUUAACGUUAGUUCAUAAAGCUUGGUUGUAC